CUCAACACCUGCCUGAAACUUCUUGAACGUCGGCGAAGGUCCAGGGUCAACCAUCGAGAAAGUUCGGGGGAAUGGCUAAUGAAUGAGUAUAUAAGAGGUCAAGGUAAGGUCAGUACUCGCCGUGAACGACUUACUACAACGACACAACACUCAUCGACACUCAUAACAUAUCUUCUACCAUGCGCUUCUACUACUACGAUCCUUCCACCGAAUUUGACCGUCUCUUCGAUGACGCUUUAGCUGCACGAAUCUCACCUACAUCAGCCGCGACACGGGAGAACAAUGGUAGGGAGAGCGUGUUCCGUCCUAGGAUGGAUUUGCAUGAGAACAAUGAGACCAAUAUUGUUACUGCAACCUUCGAGUUGCCCGGAUUGAAACCCGAGGACAUCUCCAUCGAGAUUCAGCAGAACCGCUUGACGGUUUCUGGUGAAUUCAAGAAGACGGAGUCUCGUGACGAAGCUGGAUAUGCUUUUCGCGAGCGUCGGCAAGGAAAGUUCUCUCGUACACUCCAGAUCCCUAUUGGCGUAAAGUCUGAGGAUGUAAAGGCCAAGUUGGAGAAUGGCCUGUUGACGCUCACGUUCCCCCAGGUCAUCCCUGAACAGCAGCCUCAUCGUAUUACCAUUUCCUGAGCAACCCCGCGCAGAACUUUUACGGGUUGGAUGUUGCAAGCAGGAAACGCGAUGCGUGCAAAGACGGAUGGUUUGUUAGCGCGCGCGGUGCAAGGAACUCUAGCUUAUUGUGAAACAUGAUGCAUAGCUUGUAACGUUGUAUCUAGCAUAACUUGAGCCAUAAGACGUUGUUCACGUCAUAGCUGGUGCUGAUGUAAGCCGUCAGUGACCGUGCGGACAGCAGGU